UCAGAUGCCCGAUCCACCGUCUGUGCCAGCGGUUAUGUUCAGUUGUUUGACUGGUUUGUUUGCAUUAGAUUUGUUAACUUUUGUAGGACGAAGGGGGCCACGGCUGGGUGUGAAAUCAAACGCUGCAAGAAGUCCUACCAUUACCCGUGUGCUGUUGAAGAGGGAGCCAAGACGGUUGAGGAUGCGGAAAACGAGAAUUAUGGGCUGUACUGCCGACAUCAUUAUGAACAGAUAAAAAAAAAGAACAGUUAUGACAAAGAACUUGUCACUUCCAUCGCGAAGCCUUCGACCUCCAAAACCCCCACUGAAGCCGGACCAUCGAAGGUGUAUUGUCUGCCCUGUGAGAAGACAGAGGGAAAUAUCACCUUGGACAGUGUGGCUCAGAGCAUCAAGUUAAAUUGUGAAAAACAUCUUCCUUCGUCACAUAAGAGGAACAACAGCGGUGACUCUGCAGCAGCCGGACCGUCCGACCAUUCCUCAUCCAGCAAUACGACGCAUGGCACAUCCAAGAGACGACUGAGUUUCUGUGACACACAAGAAGACACUUCCUUUAAACGGAGGCCUGAAAGCAAGAACGGAAUAAUAUCUGAUGAUUCUUCAAAUUCAGAUGACUGUCAACUAAACGAAUCAAUGGAAAUAUUUGCGCCUUUAGAGUCGGAUUUGGAUGAAAGUGGCGGUGCAGAGAGCCAGAGGAUCAGGAAAGACUGUAAGAGUCCAAAUGGAUCCAUUCCAGGAAAUCAACCAAAGAUUGAGAAGAGACAAGAAGAUGAAGAUGAAACAAUCCUAUGUUCAGACGCUGAGUCUGAGAGUCUGCUGCUUCCUGUGGAGAUCUGCGUUGGGUCCGAGUCCCUUUCAGCUGCUGCUCCUGAGGAUUCAAUGGAUUCAAGUCCAGCACCCAAAGUGACUUUGGUUAGAGAAGAUGUGGCAAAGACGGUACAUAAAGACUCCAGUCCCGACCACAGGCCGGGUCGUCACACCGAGGGACCCUCUGUCCCACAGCAAAGCUCCACUGCUCGCGCUCGUUCUCCUGAGCCGUCUCAAUCUCGCUCUGGCCCAGCGCACGGCAUCAACUCCACCAGCUUCUGGAAAAGCUGCAAUGUGGCUGGCUGCACGGAGGCCAUCUUCACUGACUUCAUUAACGGGAUGAACGAUAUUUCUAACAGAAUCCAGUCCGACCAGGCCAGCCAGGAGGAUUAUGAUCGGGCACUAUCGGUGAUGGCGGCCUCUGGGAGACUGGCAGAGUUUGUGUCCAAGCAGCAGGAAGAGUUAAAAAGGAAACUAAAGGAACUGCACAAGGCGGCAGCGGCCAUGAUGGAGGUCGUCUCAGCCCUGAAUAAAUGAGUCCGUCCCGAGAAAGAACAUGUACAUCAGCUUUUCCUGCUUUUCUCUGUUAUUUUGCAUUUCAAAUUAUUCCCAUUUUAUAUAUAUAUAUAUAUACUGUAUAUAUAUAUACUUUUUUUAAUCUGUACAUUUUUAUUGAUUCUGCCUUAACAUGUGUUUUAUUUCUUACAAGGAUUUAAUUUUAAAACCUAAAACAAAAUGUGAAGAAGUGGAGAGGAUAUUUAUAUUGAAGAUUGUUCCUCUCAACUGAAGUAUGUUUGCUUGUGGGUUUGAUUCUUUUAAAUAAUUUUAUGGUUUACUUACAUUUUAAGAAUAUUUUUAUACCGCAAUGUAAUUGUUCUUUUUUACCAUGUUGAACUUGAUGCCACACUGCACAUUAUCGGAGCUGUUUAUUAUGUUCGAUACAUAAAUGAACACCAAGUGAAAAUUGA